AUGAGUGAUGCAAGUGUUAACGUAGCGGUCGCAGAAACGGCAGCAGCAGGCUCUGCCGGAAGCGGUGAGGUGACAACGAACAAAAACAGCAAAAAGAAACACCAAAAAGGUCCGGCCAAGCAGGAGGAAACCAAACCAGUGCCUGUGACAAACGGUGAGCUGGCUGGGAGUGGGAGUCAGGCAACGGAGGAACGAGCGGCCGGCCGUGAAGGUAGUGCAAAGUCGAAGAAUAAGAAAAAGAAGAACAAACCCAAUCAGGCCGAGCAAGGGCCAGCGGUUUCCUCUGUGGUAGCAGCAUCACAGCUUAAUGGAGAACCGGGUCAGUUAGAAGUUGCGGUCUCAGGAGGCCAGGAAGCAGACGGCGCAGUCGAUGGCGGCGAGGGAAUGGCCGGCGGUGGAUUCGGAUCGAAUCCGGACGAAAUGUUGAUGACCGUGCAGGAAAUGUUGGAGCGUUUGAAGGCGAAUCACUUCUCCAGCUCGCGGUUACUAAAACCGGCCAAAACGCCCGAAGAGGCGCUACACAAAUCGUACAAGUUCUGGUCUACCCAGCCGGUUCCGCGCAUGGACGAGAAUAUACAGGCGAACGAACCGAUCGAGGAGGACAAACCGUUGAGUGAGAUCCGCCAGGAACCGUACGCACUGCCGGACGGGUUUACCUGGGACACUAUGAACUUGAACGAUCCGCUACAGCUGAAGGAGCUGUACACGCUGUUGAACGAGAACUACGUGGAGGACGAUGACGCAAUGUUCCGGUUUGACUAUCAGCCAGAGUUUUUGCAGUGGGCUCUGCAACCGCCCGGAUGGAAGCGCGACUGGCACUGUGGCGUGCGCGUGGUUAAGUCGGGACGGUUGGUUGGGUUUAUUUCGGCCAUUCCCGGCACGUUGAACGUGCAUCGGAAGGAACAGCGCAUGGUGGAGAUCAACUUCCUGUGUGUGCACAAGAAGCUACGCUCGAAGCGGUUAGCGCCGGUAUUGAUCCGGGAGAUUACGAGACGGGUCAAUCUGACCGGUAUCUUCCAGGCAGUGUAUACGGCGGGCGUGGUGCUUCCGAAGCCUGUGUCCUCCUGCCGCUACUGGCACCGUUCGCUUAACCCGAAGAAACUAAUCGAGGUGAAAUUCUCCUACAUUUCCCGCAAUAUGACGAUGCAGCGUACGAUCAAGCUGUACAAGCUGCCGGAUCAGCCGAAAACUGCCGGCUUCCGGAAGCUUCUUGAAACGGACCUAAAAGCGGUACACAAGCUGCUCGAAUCGUAUCUCCAGCGCUUCAACCUGACGCCGGUGUUUGACGAGGCGGAGAUGCGCCACUGGUUCCUGCCGCAGAACGGCAUCAUCGAUUGUUUCGUGGUGGAGGAUCCGGCCCGUCCGGGCACGAUCACGGACAUGGUCAGCUACUACACGCUGCCUUCGACCGUGAUGCACCAUGCGGUGCACAAGUACGUGAAGGCGGCGUACAGCUUCUACAACGUAUCGACCCGGACGCCCUGGCUCGAUCUCAUGAACGAUGCGCUAAUAUCGGCCAAAAACCUCGGCUUCGACGUGUUCAAUGCGCUCGAUCUGAUGGACAACAAGCAGUUUCUGGCGCCGCUCAAGUUCGGCAUCGGUGACGGCAAUCUGCAGUACUACCUGUACAAUUGGCGCUGCCCGAGCAUGCAGCCGGAAGAUGUUGGGUUGAUACUGUUGUAA